GGAAUUAGCUCUUGUACAUUUGUGCACUCAGUUGUAUCCCUUUUACGACGUUUGCAUUGAGCUUUUCUGGUUGACGUCUGCUUGCAGAGCUUUUUGGUAUCAACUUAAUAAGCUCUGAAUGCGUAUUCAAACAAGGGAAGCCCUGCAACUGUCAAUCAACUAAACGACAUACUGUAGCCGUAACAAAGAACACAAAUAAGGUAGCCAUCUGCUGCGAAGACAUUUCAAGCGAUCCGCACAUCUGCGAAGGCAGAAGCACUCAUCUAAAGGAAACACCAACAUCAUGUUUUACCAAGACCCUUUCCUGCUCUACCAACAACCGCCAUUUUGUCACGGCAGUUCGAGUGCGAGAAACACGCCAGGCCGUUCUUCUUUUAGGAUCGACGACAUUUUGGUCCCACGUCAACCUUUCCUUGUUCCUAAACAGCCAAGUUUUCAGGAACCUAGAUCUUCUGUUCCAAACAACAACUCGUUAAAAUUUGGUAUGCACUCCAUUCUCACGCAAAGGCAGCGAGAGGACGUUCCAAUGUUUCAAGAUCCAAGUCCUGAAGUUUUAAGCCAACUGCCGGUGUACUUCCGCGUAAAGCCGACUUUGCGGACACCGAGCGGACGAAGAUGUCGCAAGUCGCGCACGGUUUUCACAGAUCUGCAGCUCCGUGUUUUAGAGAAAACAUUCUCAGAGCAAAAGUACUUAGACACGUCGAACCGCGCAAAGCUUGCACAAACGUUGGGAUUGAACGAGACGCAAGUAAAGACAUGGUUUCAAAAUAGAAGGAUGAAAUGGAAGAAGGAAUCAGUUCCAGAAAAUAAUCAGGAAUCCUCAACGAGUACAAACGAAGACUCAAAUGCACCAAGAAACGAAAAAUCCGAUGAAAUCGUCACAGAGGCCGGAAAAGACUCCAUGGACAAAAAGGUAGAAUGAACAGCAAAGACAAAACUUGGAAAUUAAACUUUGUAAAUAUCCGCGAGAAAUAUCAAUUUCAAUUCCAUGAGAGUCAAGACGGACAAGUAUGAUAUUGGAAUUUAAUAUAAUGUUUCUUACCGAAACUCAUAAUUAUGAAUUUAUCAAAAAUAACUGAAAACCAAGGGAGAAAGUCAAGGUAGCUGCUCGCGCAGAAAUUUGACGGGUGAUUUUUCAAAACCAGGAACUUACAUGUACAGCUGGGACAGUUUAUUUUGAAUGUACUUGUAACUAGUUGAUGUAAAUAAUACUUUCUCUCGGUGUAAAACUUUUGCAUGGUUCUGUCCUAUUUCGCGUUCGCUUGUCUUUCGUCUUAAUUCUCACUGAAAAAAUAUUAAAAUAUAUAGGAAAACAGGUAUUCCGAUAUUGACUGUUUCAGUUACGUUUUCUGGGACAAUACAGAGAUUAAAGAAACUGGUGAACAGAGCGGGAAAGAGCGUCUUGGCCGCGAAACUUUUCAUUAGAAAUGUUCCUUUAAUGAGAGGCGGUAGUGUGACUGACAGCCACGAUGCGUUAAUGGCGAAAAAAGGCACUAAUUGCUGCCUAUUCUACUCUCAGGAAAACAAUUAUAGCCAUUUGUCAUAAAAUGACAAUAAUCGUAAGCUUUUCCGAAUUCACUUUUUAUUUCACGAUGAUAAAAGGGACAAGUCGAUUGCCGUCUUUGAAUGAACGAGGCGGUGAUGGUUGGAUGAAUCGUAGUCUCUUCUUGAGACCAAGUUAACUUGAAAGUCGACUGCAAAGUUAACAUAUGCCAUGAGUGAUUUAUUUAUGGUAAGAAGAUUCCAAGGAUACAUGAAUUUGUGAAAACUGCCUUCUCCUUCGUAAAAAGAUAGUCAAAUAGACCAGACAUUUUAGUCUGAAAAUGGGUUUCCCACCCUCUCCGGUGCACUGGAUGACAGAAGAGUGACAGUAUGUCUAUUUUCAAAUUUUCUAUUUGUCAAGUAAAAUUUCGUUCUAAGCUUUGAAUAAAUUUAUCAUGUACAUAUUCGUGUCAAUUUGGUAAAAACGACCGGACAAGUAUGAUAUAUUUCCGAACAGUGAAAUUAAGUUGGUUCUUUAUUUGUCUUCGAAGACAAAUCUUUGCUUCUUUUUGAGGUUUCAAGCUCAGUCAAAUUCGAGAGAACUGAUUUGUAAAAAACACAAGACUGCCAGUUGAGACUAGCCCAGCCUUUGUCGAUAUUUUUCACUUGUUCAAACGUUAUGGUAAUAAUUUUAGCGUUGCUACAGUGAUUCUGAAGUAGUUGAUCCGUUUCUGAGUGACCGUCUAUAAAAUGACAUCGUUUUCUGGUUAAAAUAAAGUUUCUGAAAGAGAGUAAAGGAAA